CAGUGUCUGGAAUUCCAGGAGUAAUUGGAGUGGUGGAUGGUACUCACAUCCAAAUGAUACGUCCGGCAGUUAAUGAGCAUUUAUAUUUCAAUAGGAAAUUAAAGCAUAGUAUAAACGCUAUGGUGGUAAGACAAUUGUUGUUUUAAUUUAUAUUUGUUUUUUAUAAAUACUGUUUCCAAAACCUAGAUAUGUGAUCAUAAGAUGAUGAUAAAAGCCGUAAACGGUCGGUUUGCUGGGGCGUGUCAUGAUUCACAUGUGUGGAAUUUGUCAAGCGAGCGCCAAUAUUUACAAACCAACUAUGUGAAUGGAGAAAUAGGAAUUCGCAUUCUUGGCGACUCUGGAUAUCCGCUUGAGCCAUGGCUUUUAACUCCAUACAGAAAUGCUGCUGAAAACUCUGCUGAAAGUUACUACAACUACAAAUUUUCAAAAGCCAGAUCCCUUAUCGAACGAGUAUUUGGAGUAUUAAAAGCGCGGUUUAGAUGCCUUUUAGCUGCUAGAGAACUACAUUAUGCCCCAGAAAAAGUGGUGCAAAUUUUGAACGUAUGUUGUGCUCUUCAUAAUAUUUGCACUAUUUUUAAUGUGGAAUCACCUGCCAAUAUAGCAAUAGAAGUUGAAGAAGUCGAUGCUAGUUAUACUGAAACCAUAGGAAAUACAAAUGAAACCAAUAUUGCUAAACGUUUAAGGGAUCAAAUAAAAAACAGUAUGAUUACUUUAUAAACAUAUAACACUAUUUAAUGAAGUAAACUUUUUAAUUUUUUACAUUUCCAUUAAUUAUUAAUUAAUAUAUAUAUCAUUGAUAUAUCUUGCACAUGUGUAUACAUAUCUAU